ACCGUCGAUAGUAAAAAAUACCCGAUAGUUAUUGGAAAUUUAAAAUCUUUUGAUCAACAUUUGCAAUGAAAUUAAAAUUGUUCAAAAUUUAUAAAAAUGGUUAAGCCAAAAACGGCUAAAUGGCAGAAAAACUACGAGAAGCUUGUCCAACAACAACAUCUUGGGCAGGUGAAAGCGACGAACUUAAGCCACCAGAUCCAUCGGUUAUUGAUCAGACACGCAGACAUAAAGCUCAACAUUGCACAGGAUGGUCAAAAGUAUGCUGAGAAAAUUGAAGCGAUGGAUCAUUUGCGCCAUCUAGUGGACAAACUGUUGCACUCAAAAAAACUAAAGCUGACUCCCCAAAAAAAGGAAAGCCUACGCAAAAUGAAAAUGCAACUUCCUUCCAGUUCGCUAUUGAAUCGCAUCAGGCUGAUGGAGUUGUUGGUAAAGCUGCCCAAAAACUCUGGUAGCUCCGCAGGUCUCCAUGUCGAUUGGCUGUGGUAUUGGCACGGAAAGGACAUCAAACGGCUAAAGAGACAAGAGCGUGGACUGGAUCGGCUCAAUAAAAAGACGCUGCACGUCAUCAGUGAUAUCCAUGAUUUGCAGUCCAUAAUCAAAUAUGUGCAAAAAUCCCAAUCCUCCAAGUUCCGCAUCAAACCCGUCAUCAUGCGCAGGCACUGGCUGGAGCCCACCAAUCACGGUUUCGAUGUGAAGGCCACUAUUGCCACGACGAACAAGAAUUAUCGCAAGAUGCUAGACGUGCGUCCUCGUUUUAUACUGCAGCAUGUGCCAAAAAUGAUGCCCAAUAUGUAUAGUUAUCUGGAUAAUUAGGGGGUUAUAUGAAAUAAUUUAUUAUGCAAGAAUUAGUCUAAAAGCCGCGCUACUUAAAUGCUAGCUAAAAAUGCUCUAUGGCCUAUUCUAAUCCUCUCCAGCCAUAUAUACAGCAGCCGCUUAAGUAUGUAUUUACAAAAUAACAACUACAACUAACAAUUAACAUUUUGUGUGUGUGUGUGUGUGUGUGUGUGCAUGUAUAUAUUUUGUUUAGAACAUCUUUGCUCAUAUGGCCUGCCUCGUUUGCUUUAACGUGUACCAGCUUCAGCUUGGGAUCCCUCAACAGAAACCUGGAUUGGUAUGCUCAAUGAUGCAGCGCUUGCAGUACUUCUUGACCGCCCGAUAGCCCUCGAUGGAUAUCUGGCAGUCCUGUAUGUUAAGCUGCUGCAGGCCGCGACAGUAAUAGGCUAUGCAUUGUACGCCACGGUCCGUAAUCAUAUCACAAUUGCGUAGGCUGAGCUUUUUCAGGUUCGGGCAACUCUCGGCGAGCGCGCGCAGACCCGCAUCGCUCACAUCGCACUUGCCAAUGUCGAGGGCGCGCAAGCGGGGGCAGGAGCGUGCCAGCACUGUGAUGGAAUCAUCGCUGACUGCCUCGCAGCCGCGCGCAUUCAAAUAGCGCAACUUGUAGCAGCGGCGUGCAAUGACCUUCAGGCCCGCAUCAGAGACUCUCUCGCAUUUGGCCACAGAUAGAUAGCGCAAGGCGGCGCCCAGCUUGGCCAGCUCGUACAGGCCAAAGUCCGUGAUGUUGACGCAGUCCGAAACGCUUAGCUCCUUUAGCGAAACACAAAAGCUGGGCACAAACUUCAGACCCGCAUCUGCAUCAUGGAAUUAAUGAAUUGUUAUAUCAUUCAAUUAAGUUUCUGGCAAUCACAAUGUGUUACCUGUAAUUUGAAUGCAGCGGCGCAGAUACAAAUACACCAGCUGUGGACAAUUUUUGACCACAAUUUUGAGGCCCAUGUCAUCGAUGGCCAUGCAAUCGGUCAGGUCCAGAUAUUGCAGCAGUAGACGACGCGGCGGUUCCAUAUGCGGAUUCGGACUUAUGCUGCUCACCUGACUACAGCCUGUGUGCGUUGGGGAUGCUGUAGAUUGCUACACUUGGUGAGCGCCUCGACCAGCGCCUGAUUGGACACGCCCUCGCAGGUCUGCAGCUGCAGAUGCGUCAGUUCGGGACAGCGACGCGUGAGCAACUGCAGACCUUUGUCUGAAAUGCGACAGCCAUCGGCGAGCAUAACGCGUUCCACCUCCGGGCAGGCGCCAUUGCAGCUCUGUCCGCACAGCUGGCGGAAGAUCAUCUUCAGCGUCUUGUCACCAUUCAAAUGCUCACCGCGCAGCGUGAUGCACUUCCAGAGUACCGGACGCCAGGCGAGCUGCUCGAAUCGUCGACAGACGCGUGCCACAUUGCACAGCUCGCAGCUAUCCAGCCAGCUGAAAAUGCGUACAACGGCCUCAUCGGGCAGGCGGUCAAAGUAGGGCCCGCAGCGAUAGGGACCCUUACGGUUCCAGGGUGGCGGCCCAAUGGCUGUGCCAUUGACCGUGCCGCUGCUGCUGCUGGUCAAUCCACGCCGCGGAGUUGUUGUGGGAGUGCUGCUGGUAAUGACACCUCCGCUGACCACGCUAGGGCUGCUAUUCUUGGGAUUGCUGCACACAACAAUGCCACCCGUGCUGCUCGGAUGAUGGCCAGUGGGCGAAGGCGACACCAGCGUGGCAUAUCCUUGGUCCAGGCUAGGUGAAAAACGACCCAUAUUGCACAGGCCAUCGGAUAGACUUUGGACUUUGGUGUGGUGAUGGUCCAGCUGGAAGGCAUUGGCGGGCGAGUUGGUGCUGCGAUUUAGCAAAUAACGAUCCGAGCCACUCGUCUCACUGGGACUGGAGUUACGCGGAUGAUGCAGACGUUCUAUAAAGAUAAAUGAAGAGAAUUAGAACUUUGUAAGAAUAUUUCUUUCGCUUGCAGCCAAGCAAAGACAGAGUACUAAUUUUCUAAAAUACCUUUUGUAACAGUAAUUUGAAAAGGAUAAGAAGCGGUAGCAUUGCCAUAUUAAAUACCCUUGCAAAAAUAUGACGAGACUUCCUAUAUGUCCUUAUUGUAUAAUACCCUAUGUCUAAUGUUGAGGCUUUAUCAUGCAAACCAUGUAAUAACUCUUUGACUCGUUCGUAUAACACAUUACAUGACAAAGUUAUAUCUAUUGAAAGGGUCUUAAAUAAUAAAUACCAAUAACACAAUUGUAAUACCCUAUAAA